AUGCAGAGCGGCGGCGGCCCUGUGGCUGUUGCCAGCAGUGCCGAGCCUGCCGCUGCCGACACCGCCGCCGCCGCCGCCGCCGCCGAUCCUGCCAAUCCCAAGCAUGUCGCUUCGGAACCAAGAGUCAAAGCGCUGCCGUCUUCAACCAUUGCAGAACCGCCACCGUCAUCGCCGCUGCUGCAGGACGGAUCUGCCGUACUGUCGAUUCGAGUUCCAUCUGCAGCGGCACCGGCUGCCGGCGGUUCCGCCAGCCGUACUGCCUCUCAGUCCCCGCUCGCCUACACCCAGGUGCCCGCCAGCCGUCAACCAUCGGGAGCCGCCGCUGCGGGCUCCGUCAGCAGCGGCGACGGUAGCGGCGGAGGCAGUUGCAAGGCACGCGAAAGGGCCGCAGCUGCAGCUGCAGCCGCCGCCGGUGAUGAUGCUGUGACCAGCCUCACCCGCGACGUCGGUGGCCCACGCGGCGGCAGUAGCCCCGGCACAGACAACGCCGGCGGCGCUGCCGUACGGGAGGUGUGGCACUGCGCCGUGUCGCUCGCCUUCCUGCGCCGCUUCGCAGCUGACGUCGUACAGCCCGGCUGGACAACGUACGACAUCCUGAACCGGGUGGUACUGCCCGCGACAGCAGCCACCAGAUGCCGCUAUGUAGACACGCUGCCUUCUCAGUGUUCCUCGCUGUUGACCUUUUUCGUGAGCUACUGCUGGUCCAUGGCCUUCACCGAGCUGGUGGCGCUGCUGGAGCACCAGCUGCAUGCCGCAGAUCCCGAGCAGGCAGGAGGGGGAUGUGUGUUCUGUUGGGUGGACGUGCUGGCGAUCAACCAACACCCAGGUCGACAGCAAACCCGGGACCUGCAGGACCUGGAGACGGCUGUACGACUAGCCCGUGGCACGCUGGUGUGUUUGGACUCCCGCUGCACCCCCUUCAGCCGCAUCUGGUGCCUCUUCGAGUGGUGGACAACCUUAAAGGUGCGGGGCCUCCGUCAGCUGGUCUUCCUGGCGGACCCGGCCACAAGGCGGCGACUGGGGGAGCUGUACCAGGGCAUCGAUGUACGGAACGCGCAGGCCACCGUACCAUCCGAUCGUGAUCGAAUCCUGGCUGCCAUCGGCGACGAGCUGGACCUGGUCAACGCCCAACUAAAGCUGAUCUUCCUCUUGGAGCCCCAUGACACCACCGCGAUACAUCGUACAGGUACGGCCAGAGGCCAGUACGAUGAGUGCAGGGCACUGGCGAUUGUGGGUCCUGCAGGCUGCGGAAAGACCCACGGGACGGCCGCUGCCCUGACCGCUACCGCCGACGCGGAACCCGCAGCGCCCACUGGCACCGAUUCAACAGCAGCGGAGCAAGCGGCGGAGGAGGCAGCAGUAGCAGCACCGCUGUUGGUGUCGCAGCCGCCGUCAGCAUUCGCAUCCGCAGCGGCAACAAGCGAUGACCUGAAUGCGGAGCGGCGGCACGGCCAACACGAUCGGCCAGUUGCCGUACAUUUCUGUCGCGCCGGUGACGCUGCCAGCUUGAGUCCGCUGGUGCUGGUCCGCAGUCUGGCGUUUCAGUUGGCGUGUCAGACCCGCGGGUCGUUCGCCACAUUCCUGCAGAAACGCUACCUAGGGCUUUCCCUGGAGGCUCUUUCGGCUCUUUCCCGCCUGGACACCGCGUUCAACACGUUGCUGCUGAACCCGCUGCGGGAGAUGAUGCCGCAGCCGCAAGAUGGCGACGACGACGACGGCGGGCCACCCCCGCCGGAGUGGCUGCGGCGGCAGCGGGCGGCGGCGGAGGCGGCGGCGCCUCGUGAGGUGGUUCUGCUGGUGGAUGGGGUUGAUGAAGCCGAGGGCCGGAACGGGCGCGGGGCAGGACGGCCGUACGACAACAGAAUCUUGCUGGCCCUCCGCGACCUCUUCCCGCUGCUGCCCCGCCGAGUGAGACUCAUCGUUACUCUGAGACCUCAACCCAGCCACAUCCUACGCAGUCUGGUAUUCAAAUUCGACCCGUGGGUCGCGAAUGCACUGCCGUACGAUACCACGCCGCCGCCGCUGCCGCUGCCAGCCGUCAAAGCCACCGCUUCCAGCCCCACCUUGUCCCGGAGACGCGCCAAGAACUGGGUUCUCGAAACCCUCAGGCGUCUACUCCCCCCGUCGCCCUCUGCCAACACGAAGCCCAAGAACCCUAUUGGUGCCACCGCUGCCGCUGCCGGUGACGGUGACGGUGCCGGCCAUGAUCCGCAGGCAUCGCUGCCCGCAGCCUACGCCGCCCUCUUCACUGACCGACUGUCGUACCUCAAUAGUACGGCAGCUGGGCGUAGCGGCGUGGAGUCCCUCCUGGAGCUGCUGCUGGCGUCCGCCGAGCCGCCGUCCCUACAUUGCAUCUCCCAGCUGGGCCUGAUGCCGUACUUGCCUUACCUUCCUGGCUGGGGGGUGGUGUUUCGUGUGUCGGAGGGUGACUACCGUCUGCAGGUUAUCCACAGGUCAUUACUGGACUGGUUGCGAGACACGGGGACAUCACCACCAUCAGCGCCGCCGCCGCCGUCCCGGCGACUAAGCCACCAGGGAGAAUACGCUGACGGCGGCCACCAGCAGGCAUUACAGGACAAUGGCGGGAGCGCCGCUGGCGACGGCGGCGAGGAUGUCGUAGGUGCCAUUGUUGGGCUGUACGACGGCGGCGACGGUAAAGGAGGUGAUGCUGCGGCGGCGGUGCUUGGCGCCGCCGGCUUGGCUCUGGACCCCCGGCGGGGUCACUGCCGGUUGGCUGACUGGAUCACGACGGACCUUCGGAAAUCUAAGAGGCCGCAGUCGUACAGCCUGCGAUACGCGAUACUUCACCUGGCGCAUGCGGCGGUGGCGGCUGGAGGUGCCGCUGGUGGCGGCGGCGCUUCACGCCGCGAGCGCGGCGACGUCCCCGCAGUGCCUCCAGCGCCGUUAUCGCUGCUGGCGUCGACGCCGAUAGGGCAUAGUACGGCACAUUUUACAGCACGCGCACAGCAGCUUGAGGAGCUGCUUCUCGACUUCAACUUUUGGCGGCAGGUAUACACCAGUGGCCUGGGUGCGGAGGUCCUGCGGGACCUGACCACCCUGCCAGGGCUGCAGGAGUCGCCCGUGGCGAGGGACGUGCUAAGCCCCUCGCAUUGGCUUUGCCAGCGAUCCAGAAUCUGUAGAACAGCUGGCAUUAGCCCACAAAGCCCGUCUAAGCGGGUUCUGAGGUCCGGCAAGGAGUACCCUACGCCUUCGGCCGCUGCCCUUGAGGAGGCGGCAGCAGGCGACUCCAUGACGCGAUCCACUCAGAAAGAACCAUCUUUAGAUGAGAUUUACAAGCUGCUUCAGACCCAUGCUACACAGACCAAGGCGUCCUUCGACUCCUUGCAUAGCAAGACAGAUGCGCUGGCUGCUCGUGUUGACUUGCUGGAAAAGAAUAUUCCGGAAAUAAUUACCAAAAAGGUGGAGACCGAAAUGAAGCAGUUCGAAGUUCGGGCCGCGCAGUUCAUCAUCGAAACUGUGCAGUCUCAGCUCGCGGGGGCCCCUACGUUUGCGACCGACCGCACCGGGUCUAAACAGCGUAGGAACUUGACCGGCAAAUCUGCCUACUACGAUUCCGGCUCCCUGAUCGCGUUUGGCGUCCCGGCUCUCGCGACCGCUAAGCAAGCAGCGGAAGCCAUCACCCAAGUCGUCUCCGAUGCCAGUGGAGGAAGCCUCCAGGCCUCCUUCCUCAGCGUCGAAGUACGCACUGAGAAGCCACGACCCAACCAGGCGGCCCCAACAUACAACAUCACCAUCGGCGUCACCCCCCGUGUCCGUGGGCGACGGGCUAUGUUCGGUCUUAGUAAUCGGUUGGAUGAGAACAGGGUGUGGGCUCCUGCCGUUCGGCUUCAAGCGUUCGACACCCAGGUAGUCCUGCACGACAGCGCAACUGGGGAAAGAGUCCUGAGGUUGCAGGGGCACAUGGAUUGGAUCAAUGACGUGGCAUUCGUACAGUUGCCGUACAAGAGUACUGGAACAGCUAGGAAAGCAAUGGGCCAGACGGGCUUGCACAACGCCGUUGAAACCGCGAUGCGCAGUGGGGACGGCGGCGGCGGCGGCGGCGGCGGUGCAGACGGAGGCGGCAAUGAUGACCACCAGCAGCAGCACCACCAGCAGCACCAGCACCAGCAGCCGCAUGAGGAGGAGGUGCUGUUGGUGGCCUCCGCGGGGUCUGACAGGACCCUCCGGCUCUGGGAUGCCGUUACAGGCGAGCAGCUGGCUUGCCUCCGCCAGCACCAGGCCCACCUUACCGCGGUGGCGGUCAGUCCUCCUCGCGGCAGCCAGGAGCCCCCUCACCCGGCGGUGAUGAUGGCAUCGACGGACGAAGACGGAAAGGUACUCUUGUGGCGGGUGCAGCAGGCGGAGGAGCUACCGGCGGCGGCGGAGGAGGAGGAGGAGGGUUUGGCGGCCACUCCUGUGCGCAUUGCGGUGGCUGUAGAGGCGCUGCCGACCCAUGGGUCGCAUAGCCAGGCUGCCUUCUGCUGCGCCUUCUCGCCGGACGGCGGGGUACUGGCCAGUGGCGGCCGGGACGGCAGUGUACGGCUGUGGGACGUUCCGUCUGGCCAGCAGCAGCUGCUACCUGCAGGAUUGGCAUCCCCAAAGCCACUGUCCUCUGCCCCUCCCGCCUCGAGCCCGGCCGCGACCCCGGCAACCCGGAACGAGCCGGACUCGGAGCGGGGCUUGGGACCGGGCGAGCCGUGGUCGCUUCAGUUAACGCUGCUCGGCCACACGUCUGACGUGGCUGCUUUAGCGACGGGACGAGCGUUGGACGAUCGUACGGCGUACAGCACGGGCUUGGACAACACGGUGCGGGUGUGGGACCUUGCGGAGGGGCGACAGCUUGCCGUACUGUACGGCCACUCGGACUACGUCUCGGGAUGCGAUCUGUCGUACGAUGGGCGGCUGCUGGUGUCUGGAUCCUCGGAUGGGACGGUCCGCAUAUGGGACGCAAGGGCUGCCGCUGCCGGCGCACCCGCACCCCAGCAACACGCGUUGGGUAUCAUGCAGAUGGCAGUAGCGCCAGCCAACGGCUAUGUGGCUACAGCCUCCGCUGAUAAAACCGUUGGCAUCUGGGCGCUGCCGUCACUGCCGCUUGCACCGCUGCCGCCACAACCACCAUCCACUCAACUUAAGGCGCCAUCAAGGCAGACGGCCAAGCAGCAGCUCGAACAACAACAACAACAGGAGCAGCAGCAAGAUCCGGAAGGACGUGGUGGUGCCGAUGUUGAUGUUAGCGGUGGUGAUGGUGGCAGUAAUGGUAUUAUUGGGGGCCCUAGUGGUGGCCGUGGGCUGAUGACGCAGCUAGGUGGCCACACCAGUCAGGUGGCUUCUGUGGCCAUCUCUCCAGAUGAGGUGACACUCGCAAGCGGUUCCUUCGACCGCACGACCAUGCUGUUAUCCGCAAUUUUGCUGUUGUUCACAUAUCCACAAAACAUGUGCAAUCGACAAAAUCCCAUGCCCCGAAGAAGCGUUGGUGAGUGCACCCUCAAGGACGAGCGUUGUUUUUCCCUGCGGCAAACGCCGUUACAGAUCGAAGUUGUACCCGGAAUCUCCUCCGUUUGGAGUAUAGCUUGGUCACCCCUGGAGCGCCUAUUCGCGGGGGGACACAACAACAGCGCAAUUUCCGUUUGCGACGGCAUACGGCCCGAGCAUCCGCGUCAGCCGUCGCUGCUGUACGCGAUGUACCGGCCAACGGAAGACAGCGGCGGCGGCGGCGGGCAUGUGUACGGCGUGGCAUGGUCACCGGACGGACGGUGGCUGGCGGGCGGGUACAGCGGCUUCCGGGGCGGCGGUGGACAUGCGCGCGUGUGGGACGUGACGAGUGGGCAAAGGGUUGGGGACAUUGCCGCGCACGAUAAGGACGUCUGGGCGGUGGCAUUCGACCCGCUGGACCGCAAUCUGCUAGCGUCUUGCUCGUACGAUGGGACGGCAGCCCUCUGGCACCUCUCUGAUCUGCGCACCCCCGCCCGAGUCGCCACUCUUCGCGGUCACCAUGGCGCCCUUCGCAGCAUUGCGUUCAUUACACGACGUGCUGGCGUUACAACGGAUGCAACCGCUACUCCUAACGUUGCUUCUGCUGCGGAGGCCGACAUUGCUGUUCCCGUACCGCCCCGCCGAGCUGGCACUUCUCCAGCCAAGGCACACCCGACCAGGACACCAAAGCCCUCCCCUCCCAGUAAAUGA